AUGACCACUUUAGAAAAUAUUUCCCACAUACAGCCCUCAACUUCUGCUGGACAUCAACCACAACCAGAGCAGGAUCAACUGCCUGCCAUAACCCAUAGAUUAGCCAAGACCACAUCAAAUAAUAAACGAGUAUAUUACUCUACCGGUAGAGGCGGGGCAGGAAAUAUGCAACAUUCUAGUCAAAUACCUUCCCCCAAAUUAAUUCCUAUGGGAUCAAACACUCCACAAUUAACCACAUCAAAAAUAACAACUGGUAGAGGAGGAUAUGGAAAUAUGAUUAGUAAUUCCGAUCCACAAUUAGCUAGAAAGUUACAAGAUGUUGAUUCCCCACCACCUGGCGAUAAUGAACUUAAAGCUAUUGCUUCGAACAAUACCUUUUCUGUGGGUAGAGGUGGAUUCGGAAACGUUAUUUCUCACCAAAAGAGCAGCAGUUCUAGUGGCAGUGGAGAUGUCCCAAAUUUAUAUGCUGUCACUUCCCAUAAUAAAGAGCAGAGAAAGAAAGGGGGACUUUUAGGUAAGAUCAAGGAAAUAUUUGGUUGA